UGCUGAAGUAAACGUCUUCGCUGAGAGGGCUACAACCCGGAAGACAGUUUAAUAGGUGUAGCUUGUGUUUUCAAAAAAAAAAAAAUGUGUUAACCACGAGUGUGUCUGUGUAACGUGUUUUCAUGUAGUUUCACCGCAGACAUGCCGCGGUACUGCGCCGUGAAAGUCUGCAGGAACCGCGGAGGAACCGCGUCUAGACAAGACAACAAGAGAAUUAGCUUCUACCCAUUUCCAUUGCAAGACAAGCCCAGGCUUCAGAAAUGGGUGGACAACAUGAAGCGGGAGGAGUGGACCCCAAGUCGACAUCAGUACCUGUGCAGCGAGCAUUUUACAGAAGACUGCUUUGAUAUACGAUGGGGCAUCCGCUACCUGAAGAACACAGCCAUCCCGACUGUUUUCCCUUCCUGUGAAGAGGAUGGUGAGAAAAAAGAUGCAGCCAUUAAAAGAAGCCCCAAGGUCAAGUCCACGAUUUUAGACAUUGACACUGAACCAACAGGAUUUGACUCUCCUCUCAGUAAGAGGCCUCUCAUUUUGAGCAGAGCAUGCAAAAAGGUCCAGUCAAGUGCAACAAAUAAUGUUGCCGAGCACACAGAGGUGAUAUCUGAACCACCGCUGGCCUCGGACACUGGCAUCUCCUCUCAUUCAGAGAUACAGUAUGCUGCGGCGUCCUGCCACACACUCUCCCCGUGCGUUGAGCCCCUUUCUGAAGAGCAGGCGGACUCGACUGUGACUGUGUUGUGCUGCGAGACGUUGGGCCCUUUCUCCGAUGGAGAAGUGGACGCGGCUGCUCUCCAAGCGGCACUGCGCCAGGCUUUUAGCUUUGUCCCUGUGGAAAUGGUCAAGGAUGAAACCACGGGCUGUUUUUCGGAGGAGAGAGGACCUGGCGUUGGAGAGCACAUUUCUGCUUACGAGCACUCGUACUGCAGACCGGACACGGACAAGGAUCAUCUUUGGAGUAAGAUCUUGAGUUUGCAUGCCAAGAUCUUGGAACUGGAUCGGCGGGAGGAGAGCACCGUAUCCAAAAUCCGUGCUCUGGAGACUGAGAUAUCUCUCCUUAAAAAAGACGGUGCUGUUUUUAAAGAGAAACAGAAGGUUUUGGAAGACUAUAUAUCUUCUGUGUUGCUCUGAUUCUCCAGGAGAUCAUGGAUGUCAAUUUUGCUGAUAUGUUGUACAGGCUCCCUCACAUACAGCACAACAGCACAAACCAUGUCUUUACAAAACUCUGUUGGUACUCUGCGUUCCAUGUUACAGUUGUAUAUUUUGUCCACAUGGAGGCACAAUUUGACCGUCUUUACGGAAAGCGUUUCAAAGCCGAACUAAAGCAUUUAUGUUCUGCAGCUCUCACUGAUACAUGUCCAGGAUUUGCUGUUAGGUGUCUACAUGAUUGGAUGUGAUCGAUACCAUAUCCUAACUUAUUAAUGGUGCUUUAUUAUGCAAUGCUGUCUGUUGUACUGUACUGUAUUUUAUCAUCUGGUCUGUAUUUAAUACAGUUUCUUGGUUCAAUAUAUAAUUUCAUGGUACAAAAGUAUUGUUGUUGUUUUUUAAAUGCAGUCUAAAUGAUGAUGAAUUGAUUGUAAACAUCGCUAUGAAUCAAUACAUUUAUAUAAAGCUGGCAAAAUGA